UAAAUAAGUAAAGCCAGAUCUGUAUUUGUUGUUCUUGUGUGGUCCAAUGCUUUACUAAAUAACAAAUUCGUAGUUGUUUGAUCAAAUGCAAUAAUUGAUCUUCAUGUUACCAUCAUCCGUUGCAUUUUAUUCUUUCAGUUCCAUACGUAGGGUGGAGAUCGAAUUUUACACCUCGAGCAAUUGCUGUUAGUUUCGAGAAGACUUAUAAAUCUCCUUUUUCUUUUUUUUCAUUAUUUGUAAACUUGGUGAUUACAAGAACAGAGAAGAUAUGACAGAGACCAAACCUGUGGCUCCCGAUGGGGAUGAACAAUUGUUGGAAUGGCCCAACAAAGAUAAUCGGCGGUUUGUUCGUGCUGUUUAUCGUGUUGGUGAUCUCGAUCGUACCAUCAAAUUCUACACUGAAUGCUUAGGAAUGGAACUCCUAAGAAAAUAUGAAGUUUCAAAUGAGAAACAUACCAAAGCAAUCAUGGGGUUUGGUCCCGAGGAAUCUUCGUUCGUACUUGAGUUGACUUACGAACAUGGGGUAACUUCAUAUGAUAUUGGCACAGGAUUUGGACAUUUUGCCAUUGCUACUCAAGAUGUCUACAAAAUGGUUGAAAAUGUAAGGGCCAAGGGUGGUGAGAAUAUGAUCAUUAGAGAACCUUUUGAGCUGAAAGGCAGCCCUGUUCUUUUGCUGGCCUACGUCAAAGAUCCUAAUGGUUAUAUCUUUGAGCUCAUUCAAAGAGGCCAAACUCCUCAGCCACUCUGUCAUUUAAUGCUUCGUGUUGCUGAUUUACAACGCUCUAUUGACUUCUAUCAAAAGGCAUUGGGAAUGAGGGUACUUACCAAGGUUGAGAGUCUUGAACAGAAGUACGCCAUAGCCUUGAUGGGAUAUGCAGAUGAGUUAGAGACAACAGCCGUCGAGUUGACUUACAAUCACGGUGUGACACAACAUUCCAAGGGAAAUGGAUAUUCCCAGGUCAAAUUUUUCCUUUUAACUUGGAGUUUGUCCUUGGUUAAGAACACUAAUUCCCAUAUUUAUGCUAGAUUUUUGUUUUUAUUUCAGGUUGCUAUUGGCACCGAUGAUGUAUACAAGAGUGCUGAGAUUGUUAAUCUCAUUACUAAAGAACUUGGUGGAAAGAUAACACAACCACCCAGUUUGGAUAGCCAAAUGAACUCCAAGAUUAUCAGUUUUCUUGAUCCUGAUGGCUGGCAAAUUGUGAGUUUUCCUUCCAAAAAGAUCUGCGACAGUGUCAAGUCUCGAAUUUUGUUUGAAAUUCUAGAGGAUUGCUUUCAUAUACCUUUGUUCACUUGUUUUCUUAUGUUUAAGGAAUGAUUAAAACCAAGGUUUUCUCUUUUAGGUCCUUGUUGACAACGAAGAUUAUCUGAAGGGAAUGCAGUGAAAAAAAGGGUAAUGAAAGUGUAAAGCUGAUGUUGAUUCUCUAUUGAAAGUAAAACAAUAAGAUGUUAAAGACUUCCAUCAAUAUUUAUAUGAUACUAUCUGAGACUCACUGAGUUCAAUAA